AUGUUAUCACUACCACUCACAAGACAGUUGUUGGUUAGGUCAUCUCCAACAUCAUCAUUCUUGAGAUACUACAGUGGUUGUGGAGUGUCACACACAAACAUCAACAACAACUCAAACAACAACAACAACACAAAUAUCAACAUAAAUAACAACAACAAUAAUGAUAAUAGCAAUAAUAUAGAUGUGAUUAAUCAAACACAACAGACAUCAACAACAACAAAGAAGACAAAGUAUACUGAUCUCUUUGCAAGUGGACCAAGUCUUCAAGACUUUGUUGGUGGCGAUGAUGCAAAGUUGACCGUGGAGGAGGCACUCGAACUCAAAGAGACAGUGGUCGAGAAGGCAAAGUCAGCGGCAACAGGCAGACCACCGAGACAGAGACUUCCAGAUUGGCUCAAGACACCUAUACCAGCAGGAGAGGAUUAUAAGCGUAUCAAGAAUAAUCUUAGAGAACUAAAGUUGAAUACAGUGUGCGAGGAGGCUAGAUGUCCGAAUAUCUCUGAUUGUUGGGGUGGCGGUGAACACAAGACUGCCACUGCCACCAUCAUGUUGAUGGGAGACGAAUGUACACGUGGAUGUCGUUUCUGCUCGGUCAAGACAAGCAAGAAGCCCAAGCCAUUGGAUAUCAACGAGCCAGAGAACACUGCCGAGGCCAUCUCCAGAUGGGGAUUGGACUAUGUCGUCCUAACAUCAGUUGACCGUGAUGAUCUCGCCGAUGGUGGAUCCGAUCACUUUGCCGAGACAAUCAGAAGAGUGAAGCAGAAGUCACCAAAGAUCCUCGUGGAAUGCCUGACAGGUGACUUCCAGGGCAACCUGGAAUGUGUUGAACGUGUGGCCACAUCGGGACUUGAGGUAUAUGCCCACAACAUCGAGACAGUUGAGGAACUCUCAAGCUAUGUUCGUGAUCCACGUGCCAAGUUUAGACAAUCACUUGCCGUACUUGCCCAUGCCAAGAAGGUCAAGCCAACCCUACUCACCAAGACCAGUAUGAUGCUUGGUUGUGGUGAGCGCGAGGAUGAAGUCAUCCACGCCAUGGAUGAACUCCGCAAGAUUGAUGUCGAUAUCUUGACGUUGGGCCAGUAUAUGAGACCAACGAAGAAGCAUAUGCGCGUACAUGAGUAUGUUGAACCAGAGGUCUUUGCCAAGUUCCAAAAGAUCGCUGAGGAGAAGGGCUUCAAGUAUGUGGCAUCAGGUCCAUUGGUCCGUUCAUCUUACAAGGCUGGCGAGUUCUACAUUAGCAACAUCCUGAAGCGCGAGAAGGAGGAGCAGACCAAGCAACAGCAAUCAACCUCUGCUUGA